GUGAGGAAUUGUGGCCCGCUAACCAAACCCGAAUCACAUCACCAUUACAAACCCUUUCUAAACUAAUAAACCCAGAUCUUGACUCUCACACUCGCACACUCGCACUCCAUCUUCUCGAGAAUCACAGACCGGCACAUAAUGGGAUGGAAAGCAGCUCAAAAGCUCAUACAUCACUGGAAGAUUUUGCGAGGAGAUAAUGUGAUGAUAAUUAGGGGAAAAGAUAGGGGUGAAACUGGCACUAUAAAACGUGUGAUUCGCUCUCAGAAUCGUGUUAUUGUUGAGGGAAAAAAUCUGGUAAAGAAACAUAUAAAGCAAGGGCAAGGCCAUGAAGGUGGGAUAUUUACCGUAGAAGCCCCUCUUCAUGUCUCAAAUGUUCAAAUCGUUGAUCCAGUUACAGGGCAGCCUUGUAAGGUUGGAAUAAGGUAUCAAGAAGACGGUACUAAAGUAAGAGUUGCAAGAGGGAUAGGAGCAUCUGGGUCGAUUAUUCCUCGUCCUGAGAUUUUGAAAAUUAGGGCUACUCCACGCCCAACAAUCGGGCCGAAGGAUACUCCUAUAGAGCUGGUGCACGAGAAGACGUAUGAUGCUAAAACUGGUAAGGGCAUGCCAGGUCUUUAGAAUACCAGCGAGGCAGGGCUUGUUUUUUGUGUGAAGUGAACAUGUUAGCAGACAAAGCAUGUUUUAAAUAACAUUACUAAUGAAAUCAUGCAUGAACAUGUUUUUUUUUUUU